AAUUGUGUUUAGGCAAUAGUUUCACUCAAUCAGAUGCAGUUACUUUCAUUUUGAGAAAGACUGCUUAAAAUUAUUCUGUUUUUCUAAGGUAGAAUAACUCUAGUUUGAAGCUGCUUCUAAAGAGACUAAUAACAUUUUUACAUUUAAUUUGCAAAUUUGAAGAGAAGUUUUGGAAAAGAUGACACAAAGCCCCCUGAUACUUACCCAGACUGAUCACAGGAAUCAAGGAACCGAUGAAAAAAAACAAGGUCUUAAGAACAGCUAUAAGAAGAUUCUCAUAUAUAUUUUGCUUGCAAUAUCUUUCAUUGUCAUUAAUAUUGCAAUUACUGGAAUAGGUUUAGUAUGUAAGAGUACUCGGGAUUCUUGCCCAGAUGAUUGGAUUGGUUUCCAAAAAAAAUGUUAUUAUUUCUCUAAAGAAGAACAAGAUUGGAAUUCAAGUAGACACAACUGUGUCACUCAACAUGCUGACCUAACUAUGAUUGACACUGACGAGGAAAUGGGAUUUCUUAAGCGAUACAAAUGCACUUCUGAUCACUGGAUUGGGCUGGAGAUGACAGAAAAUCAAACAGGACGAUGGGUAAAAGGAACCAUAUUUAACAAACGAUCUCUUACAGAGAUCACAAGUAGGCAGAGGCAUGUUGGGAACUGCGUUGUUAUGGCUCUGGAAGCCUGGAUAAGAAGUGAACUUGGACACACCUGGGGACGCCCUUGUGUGCCAAGGGAACUUGGAGCAAGUCCAGCGGGGAUGCUCCCAUGGCUUGACUCUGAAAGGCUAUUCAGGGUGAAAAUAACAUCUGUGUAGUUUUAUGUGAUUCACUUAUGACUUAUCUUGAGAAAAAACACAUUCUUGGAACCUUAAGAUUAUCACAAAAGUCUGGAGGCUAAUAGCCUAUUAACAUCCUGCCUGACUCAUUUUUCACUGACGUAUAUGAUUGAGUAUUGAUACCAGCAUUGUGCUGAAGCUGUAUAAAAGUGGUUACAUGAAGAAAUAAAGUUGCUACUCGCCUGAGAUGGAGUAGUCCUCCUGA